ACGACCGCCGCCGCGAGAGUAUUUAGUCUGAUUUUUUUCAUUUCCCUCCCUUCUCUUUUCUGCGCUCUUUGUCAGUUUGUCUUCCCUCUCGUUCAUCUUUCCCUCUCCUACCUUCGGUUGUUACGAGUCAGCUGUGAACAUUGCGGCCGCUCGUAAUAAAAAUAAAGGAAGGGCGACAGGAAGCGGGCAGAGACGGUUCAACUACCAACGGGAACGUGUCGCAUCCUCGCCGUGCAUUUCGCCGACUCGAGAGCGAGGUGCAUUGUUCUCUCUCCCUCCUCCCCAGGGUGCACGUGCAUGUGUACUACGUACGCGCUGUCGUAGCUCAUUGUGAGAUUGUUUCGUACGCCAGUACGUGGGUGCGCUAGACUUACCCUUCCGUGAGUGUCCGAAGACAAGAUGAGGGUGACCACGUUCACGAUAGUGUUAUUCCUCGGUCUCGUUGCAUCUACGCUUUCGCAGGAGAGCGUAUCGUCCACCGACGAAGUACUGCAACAGGUUGGCGGAGUGGUCGGCAACGUCCCCGAGCUGAAAAAUCUGAACACGUCGGCGCUGCCCAUCGAGCAGACGAAGAAUCUCUUCAAGGAGAAGUGCACGAGAAACGGCGGAGCCAGCGCGUUCGAAAACGCCGAGCAAGCCCAGGUGGAGAUGGUGCAAUGCCUUCAGUCGCUCAUCAACAUCACGGAACUCCAGGCGGAGAUGGAGAAGUACAAGCCGACCGGCGACCUGGACAUAGUAUUUAAGAAUUAUUGUAACAAGCGCAACAUUUUGCGUGCCUGCGUCAACAACUUCACCAACACAGUGGAGCACUGCCUAGACGAAAAGGAGAGAGAAAACAAGAAGAUUGUGCUCAACAUCACCGACUCGUUGUUAGAGUUCAUUUGCUACAAGGAGGGAGAUCGCAUCGCCCUUUUCAUAUCGGCUGGAGGACCAGAAUGUUUCCAAUCUAAACAGGGAGCGAUUCAAAACUGUGCCAACAAUACGUAUGGUGGUUACAUACCAAAAACUGAUCCGUCUAACAAUUUUAUCGGAUUCGACAGUUUGCCGUCACUGACUUUCGGUACCAAAGAAUGCAGGGAUAUAACAAGUCUCCAAGCUUGCGUCGUGGCGGAAUUGGAAAAAUGCCCGGACCCAACGCCCGCAAAUAUAAUGGAUUCCAUAUUCAAUUUCGUCAGGAGGGUAACGCCGUGCGAAAAUAUACUGAAUUCGCAAAGUGCGGCGGCUAGAACCACCGGUUCGGCAUCCAAUGCCUCGCGCUUGGCAGGCGCUCUUUCUACCCUAGCAAUCAUUCCGUUCAUCGUAGCAAGUUAUAGUUAUUUCAUUCCUGCAACAAUGUAAACACACGUUAUGAAGUUUUAAAGUGGAUUCCAAAUA